AUGACUCAGCUCAAUACCACAACUGUCGAUCAUCUACUCCUGGGAAAGCUCAUGCCAAGCAUCAAGCACCUAUACAUUGUGGACUCUAGUCGCGUGAAAAAUAUUCUCAUGCCUGCGAACAACAACGUAGAACGUCUGAUUAUAACCAACACUCCGCUGACCGCUAUAGUGUUUGAGGAAAACGCCGCACUAUCCUGGUUGACGAUGGUUGAAACCGAACUGAACCACAUACCCGCGUCACUGGGUCGCUUAAGUAACUUGUUACACUUCAAACUCAAUCAAUCCCCAAUGCGACAUUUCGAUCUGGAUAUCUUUUGCAAUUUCCAGAAGCUAGAGACGAUAGACCUGGAGUACAAUCGUAUAGAAUCUGUGAUUUCACGCGAGUACUUUCACGAAUGCUGCAAAUCUUUACAGCACAUCAAUUUCAAACACAACGCACUGAAACGAAUCGAUGUGAAUAUGUUGGCACCAUACAGCAAACUUCAAGACGUCUAUUUUGCAAAUAAUUUGAUCGCGUCGUUGACUGGACGGUUGAAGCAUAUCCUGAUGUUUUCAGUUACGCUGAACGAUAACUCGCUAAAGACGCUUGAUCUUUGCGAAUGGGGCCCAUUGUCAAAAAUGAUCACUUUCUAUGUGCGCCGGAAUAAUCUAAUUGAGAUACCAAAGUGCCUCAACCAGCUGCAGAAUUUGGAAAUCAUUGUCGACCAUCUCCUACUGGGAGAGCUUACAACAAGCGUAACGCAUCUACAUAUAGUAAACUCUAGCUGCGUGAAAAACAUUGUUAUGCCAGCGAACAACAACGUAGAACGUCUGACGAUUACCAACACUCCGCUGAGCGCUAUAGAGUUUGAGGAAAACGCCGCAUUAUCCUGGUUGAUGUUAGAGGAAGCAGAUUUGAACCACAUACCCGCAACUCUGUCGACCAUCUUCUUCUAG